CACAAGCAACGCGUUUGUAGGCGGUUAGGUGCGCACGCUCUGUCCCGGCGUGACCUUCCGACCCCGCCGUCCUCACCGCAAUGGCGGCUGUGAGGGCCCUGGUGGGCUCGAGGUUCGCUGCGGCAUCUGCGUUCGCGUCCCUGUCCCCCGGCGGUCGGACGCCUUCCCAGCGCGCAGCCAUUCACCUCUCCGCGCCGCAGCCCGCGGCCAAGGUCGCGCUGGUGCUGUCUGGAUGCGGAGUCUACGAUGGGACCGAGAUCCACGAGGCCUCGGCGAUCCUGGUGCACCUGAGCCGUGGAGGGGCUGAAGUCCAGAUCUUUGCUCCUGACGUCCCUCAGAUGCACGUGAUUGACCACACCAAGGGGCAGCCUUCCGAAAGCGAGAGCAGGAAUGUUUUGACCGAGUCUGCAAGGAUCGCCCGUGGCACGAUCACAGACCUGGCCAAGCUCAAUGCAGCCAACCAUGAUGCCGCCAUCUUUCCAGGAGGCUUUGGAGCGGCUAAAAACCUGAGCACGUUUGCCGUGGACGGGAAAGAUUGCAAAGUUAAUAAAGAAGUGGAGCGUGUCCUGAAGGAGUUCCACCAGGCCGGGAAGCCCAUCGGCUUGUGCUGCAUCGCGCCUGUCCUCGCAGCCAAGGUGCUCAGAGGAGUCGAGGUCACCGUGGGCCAUGAGCAGGAGGAAGGUGGCAAGUGGCCUUACGCUGGGACCGCGGAAGCCAUCAAGGCCCUGGGUGCCAAGCACUUCGUGAAAGAAGUGGCCGAAGCUCACGUGGACCAGAAAAACAAGGUGGUCACGACCCCAGCCUUCAUGUGCCAUACGGCACUCCACCACAUCCACGACGGGAUCGGGGCCAUGGUGCAGAAGGUGCUGGAACUCACCGGAAAGUGACGCGCACGGACGGGGUCCCAGCUUGGUGCCAGGACUUGGCCUCACGCUGUGGCUGAGGCGCUGUCAGCUGCUUUCCGUCCAGCGGGGGGUCUGGCAGGCCCUUUUUUUUUUUUUUUUUUUUUUUGCUGAACCCUGCAGGCGUUCUCUGUAGGGAGGGUGGCUGCAGUGCCUGGGCGGGUGUUUCUUCCUGGGUUUGGCGGGGCUGCUCUCACAUACAGAGGCGGAGGGGCCGAUUCGUUCUCUGCCACAGGGACUUGCCUCACUGUGUCCCAAAAACAAAUCGCAGCCAGCUUUUCCAGAAACAGAAAAUUCUGCCGUCCCAGGUUUUAUACUUCAGGUUAGUUUUUGGAAGGAAGAACAUUUUUAGGUUUGCAAGCCUCCUGAUGAGGAAACCAGAAAUACCACAUUUAUGGACCGUGAAAGGUUGGUUCUCUACUCUGAAGGGACUUUUGAGUUAAUCGGCGUAAGGGGGUUUCUAAAGCAGGCAAUCCCUGUAGCCGCAGAGAAUAAAUGCCUUCCCAAAGUGGCAGCUUCUCACAGCCACGUUUCAAGCCUGCUGAGACUGCUGGGUGAGGAAUGGCAGUGAGGUUUCUUCAAUUAGUCUCAGUUCUCUUAAUUUUCAGGAAGAAAGGGAAAUUGCAGCACCUCAGCCUCCGAGAUUGACCUCUGGGGAGUGAUGGUAGCGUUGGUGCCAGGCUGUGGGUUCAGGUGUGGCAGAAGCUUGCAGACGCAUCCGAAGGGAAAUAAAGUGUGUUGGCAUUCGA